UGAUGACGACGACGACUACAACGACGACUCUCUUGGCCUUACUUUGACGUAACCCACUUUCGCUGCCCACCUCUCGCUUUCUCGCUCUAUCUCUCUCACCUCCCUUCCCAGCCUGGAGAAAGCAGCUCAAGACGACUCCUCACAGCCCUCAACUACUUGUUCUCAUCACUCACUCGUUCAUUCUCAAUUUUUUUAACCUACCCACCAUCUCAAUUAUAUUUUCGACAAGGGGAUCAGAUAAUACGUGUUUAUUUUACUCACAGCGCCCAUACACAGUUCUUGACGAAAGUCUUCAAGAAACCAAUCGGAUAAACAUAUCACUUUUUCGAGGAAAUCAUCGCGCAAUAGCUUUCUCUCCCUUCUACAUUUGUUUUUGUGCAAGUAGUAAUUAAGAGGAACUUGUCAAAAUGCCUCCGCCACCCCCUGAACCGGAACCCAUGUCGGAACUGGAGGGCAUCCAGCUCAAAGCAAACCAGAUCACGGAUGAGUCUUUGGAUAGCACUCGGCGAAUGCUGGCCCUCUGUGAAGAGAGCAAGGAAGCUGGGAUUCGCACCCUCGUAGCGUUGGACGAUCAGGGAGAACAGCUAGAUCACAUUGAGGCUGGCAUGAUCCAGAUCAACGAAGACAUGCGAGAAGCGGAGAAGAAUUUGCAGGGAAUGGAGAAAUGCUGUGGGCUCUGCGUUCUUCCGUGCCACAAGGGGAAGGAUUUCAAAGAAGAUGACAAGACGUGGAAGGGGAACGAGGAUGGGAAGGUGUGUAACAGCCAACCCGUCCGCGUGUGUGACGGGGCAGGGAUACCGGCCUACGGAGGUUAUGUGGCCAAAAUCACCAACGACGCUCGUGAAGAGGAAAUGGAGGGGAAUAUGGGCCAGGUAUCCACCAUGGUAGGAAAUCUUCGAAACAUGGCUAUCGAUAUGGGGUCGGAAAUAGAGAACCAGAACAGACAAUUGGACCGCGUUAACCUUAAGGCGGCUUCCAACGAGGGGAGGAUCAAAACUGCUAACGAGCGAGCUGGGAAGCUUCUGAAGUAGGACAGAAGCUCAAGUAUAGGCGUGAGCAAUCUCCAAAGAAUUUACUUAAAUUUGUCUUCAACCAACACCCGUGUCAUCUUAUACACGUCUAUUAUUACAUUCAUGCAUUUUACACGAUGAGAAAAUACAUGCAAAUCGUCAUCUUAAAGUUACCCUAGUCAUCAGUAUCAUCGGGAAACGAAUGGCUUCUAAAAACGCUGAAAUGAGAGAGCAUUAUAGUGAACAAACUGUUACACAAUUUUAGAGGAACAACCGCAACAUAAAAAUCUGUUCAACAUUGAGUAUUCAUUCAUCCAUCAUCAUCCUUCGACUUAUCAGAAACAAAACUCUUUCAAAAUCCUGUCAAACUUAAUUAUUACAUAUACGUACCACGGCAGCACAGCCAGAUACAAAACGAGGACAUACUAGGAAAAAAAGUAUUCAAAAAUUUUAGUACUUGGGAAAUGGCGAAAAAUAUUUUGAUAUUCGAAAAGUGGGGUAUACAUAAAAAUAUGCUAAAUUCAGUACGUUCUACUAACACGAAUCAAAAUUUAAAUUUCUUCAAAAUUCGAUGGAGUAAAAAACGAAUUGAGACUGCUGGAAAAUAAUCGUAAAUACUGUUAAUAGGAGAGGAAUCACUACACAUACAACAUAUUCACAUACAAAAACUGUAGAAUCAAUUGAGAAGUUGAACAUGCAUAAGAAUGCUUGCAAAAUAUUAUUAAUUGGAGCCAAUCCUCGUGUGGCAAAGAAGUUGUGUUAAUACAUAUUAUGCAAAGAGAAAGUAGUCCAUGACAAAAGGAGAACAAUUUGAACAUUACCCUAGCUAAUAAAUAGCAAUAUUUUUGAAGUAGGAGAAAGGGAAAGUAAUUAAAAAAACAGUGUUUUCGUAAAUAUAUUAAAGUUUAAUGCGCGAAUAUGCAGAUUUUGUAACAAUAAUAACGACGAGGAUAUCAAAUUGACACAAAUUUGCAAUGAUAUGUGUAGCCACGUGGUUGUUCAACGGAGAGGCGGAGAAAGCUGUUAAGUAUUAUGUAUGUACGUGUAAGAAAAAUAUACGUAGGGUAUCAAAGGCGUUUUCACCUAAUAGAUAAUUUCAGACGAGGCAAAGUGAGAUUUAAUUUUUUAGGUGCAAUAUGUUGAGUGAUUAUUUAUACGAACAUGCAAAAUGUAUGCAUGUACCGGGAUGAUAGUAUACAUAUACAUAAAGUGGCUUUAGGUUCGUUUAUAACAGUGGAAAGAAAGUUCUUUUUAGUUGAGUCAUUUAUAUAACUGAGGUGUUUGAGUUAAACAAUAAUGGAACCAAAUUCCAAUGCAAUACAGUAAAAAAAUCUAUAAUUUUUCUAAAUAUUUGUAAUAUUCUCUUCUCGUUCGCUAUGCGUGUUGUAUGUUGUAUCUACCAUACUGUCGCUUUCCACGUUGCAUUUCAUCAUAAUUAGUCGCCGCUCAUAUUUUUCGAAUAUGUAGAAUAUUCCAUUCUGACUUUGACUAUUAUUCGCUCACCCUGUGUUUCAAAGAAAUAUGAGAAUGAACAAAAACUAACCAAACCCAAACUGAUAAAAAGCGACGAGAGUCUCUACUUUUGUAUCUACCGAGUACCACUACUAACACCAACUAAUAGCUAAAAACUUUGAUACAUCGAGAAUAACUAACUAACCCACUCACUCAUCGUCAUCGAGACCUGCAUUAUGGUCUUGGUGACGAUAUGAGGAACCAUGUAAGCCAGCCACCCACACGUCACGACACCCCCACUUUGAAGAAAAUGGGGGCGUGGUGGCGGGUGUGCCAUAUGUGAAACCAAGUCAAUAAUCAAAAGUACCCAAAGAGACUGCUACGACUGCUAUGCUGUCAGUUUCCAAAUUGCAACCAAAUGAUAUCAUGAAUGAGAACUUCCUCUCGGUUAAAGAAAAACAGAGUCUAUUUUAUAAUUAUUGAAUAUCUGAAAAUUCUAAAAUUGAACAUUUUUUCAAGUAGCUAAAUCAAAAAGGAAAAUUACGCGUAGGCAAACAAUUAAUCAUCGGUCCAAUUUGGAGACGUAUUAUGAAACCAUGUACAAACAAAAUUUACAGUUUUUGACAGUUUUGCCAACCAAUCUCUUUCUUUUUCUUUAUAAAAAGGCUGUUGAAUUCAGAAUCAUAUAAUAUCAGCAUAGAGAGAAAGACCCACAAGUUAAGCUUUCUUUGUGCAACGCAUAAAAUAAAUAAGUAUUCUGCCAUUUCAGUACUUUCUUAGCUACUGUUCACGUGUGUGUAGUAGUCGGUACGGGUAAUGAUUGACAUAUAUUUCUGUAUUAAGUACACCCGAACACUUAAAGGCCAAACAACGCAAGUAAUUAACUACAUACUAGCAAGAAUUAUACACAUAUUUACAUACAUGAAUAGUUUGCGGAAUGGCCCUGAUUCAUCUAUGCAUGCCAUACUCGCGUCACGUUUUAUGGUGCAAUUCAUAUUUCACGUAAUAAAUAUGUAAUAAAACUCAAGUAUCUAUGUAAGAAAGAAAAUUAGAGACGUACGUAGACAGCCCCGAUACACUCUGAUAGUCUUGCUAACUAAUUAUAAAUGACGAUAUCAGUAUAAGUAUGCCCAUAAUAAUAUAAAUAAUAUUGCUACAAAUGAACGAAUACAUAAACAUAUUAUAAUGCAUAAUUGUAUGUAUUGAUAAGGUGCAUAGCCGAUGGAGGCGACGUAGUAGUUGUAGCACAGUAGUAGUAUGAGUAGAAGAAAGUAGAGUAAAUCUACAUGGAGAAAGUGAAAAACUUAAACUAAAACUUAAGAUAAGUGUAUAUGUAAGGUAGUCACGAUGUUUAGUGAUGAUAAGUUGUAACAGCAACAGUUAUAAUUUUUAUGUGUUGUGUUCUUUAUGUAAAUUAUAUGCACUUGUAUUAAAUUAAAUAUCUACUACCAACUAAAAGUAUGUGACAUAAUGCUGCAAAGAGAUUUGAGAUGUUGGAAGACGAGUGAAAGUGAGGGGAAGGUACACUCAAAGAGAAAACAAAGGUGCUCUUAUUGUUCCAAUGUUGUAAUUAUCUAAUAAGUUCCUUGAUUUCUUCAAUUACCUUUUGUAUCGCUAAAACAUUAUCAGUAAUAACUAACAAUUAAUCCUUAUGCUACCUUAUGCAUAAAGCUUCUUGCGUGUCAUGUUUUGUACGUUGACUGACUAGUUUUUUUUCAGUCUCUCAUGUUUUAAAUACUUAUAAUGAUUUGCAUUUUAAACAUAGUAAUACGUUAUAUAAACGGUAAAUUUCUACAUUUCCUCACAGUCAGUAAUUAAAUUUUAUGUCCAUGCAGUUUCAGUAGAUGAUGAAAAGGAGGACACAGGCUAGUGAGACAACAGUUUAUGUGUUUAUUAUAUAAUGUAUAAUGAUUUGGAAGAAAGUAAGAAGGACGUCGAUGAGUCUAUCUACGAUGCUUGUUGGGAGGAUGAAAAGUAAAAAGGAGAGAGACGUGAUGUGAUGCAAAGUAUGAUUACUUAGUUUCAUGUACUUGAUGUAUGUAUUGUAUUUACUAGUACAUUAAAUAGGAGACAAUUAAAGCCUUAAUUCUGCUGCAUUUAUUAUAACUUGUACUAUAUUAUAUAUAGUAGUCUUACAGUAACAGUUUAGAGUAAUAAAUAAAUAAUUGUGUGUUUCUACGUUA